GCGGGGCGCGGCGCGGCGCAGGGGCGCAGCAGGUACCAUGGCCCGGAGCAGGGUACUGCUGCUCAUCUUGUUGCUGCCACCGCAGCUGCGGCUGGGACUGGUGGGCACAGCGAGGUCUCCGGGGUUUGGCCGAAGUGGUACCCACAGCCUGAGCCCUGCCGAGAAUGAAUUUGUGGAGGAGGGGCCGGUGUUGGUGCUGAGACCCGAGGAGCCAGGGCCUGGCCCCGUCACCAUCAACUGCCCCCGAGACUGUGCCUGCUCCCAGGAGGGCGUUGUGGACUGCGGUGGCAUUGACCUGCGCGAGUUCCCGGGGGACCUGCCUGAGCACACCAACCACCUGUCCCUGCAGAACAACCAGCUGGAGAAGAUCUACCCCGGGGAGCUCUCCAGGUUGCAUCGGCUGGAAACUCUGAACCUCCAGAACAAUCGCCUGACUUCCCGAGGGCUCCCGGAGGAGGCUUUUGAACAUCUGACCAACCUCAAUUACCUGUACUUGGCCAAUAACAAGCUGACCUUGGCACCCCGGUUCCUGCCAAAUACCCUGAUCAGUGUGGACUUCGCUGCCAACUAUCUCACCAAGAUCUACGGGCUCACUUUCGGCCAGAAGCCAAACCUGAGGUCCGUGUACCUGCACAACAACAAACUGGCGGAUGCCGGGCUGCCGGACAACAUGUUCAACGGCUCUAGCAACGUCGAGAUCCUCAUUCUGUCCAGCAACUUCCUGCGCCAUGUGCCCAAGCACCUGCCGCCUGCCCUCUAUAAGCUGCAUCUCAAGAACAACAAGCUGGAGAAGAUCCCACCAGGUGCCUUCAGUGAGCUGAGCAACCUGCGUGAGCUGUACCUGCAGAACAACUACCUGACUGACGAGGGCUUGGAUAACGAAACCUUCUGGAAGCUCUCCAGCCUGGAGUACCUCGAUCUGUCCAGCAACAACCUGUCGCGGGUCCCCGCGGGCCUGCCGCGCAGCCUGGUGCUGCUGCACCUGGAGAAGAACGCCAUCCGGAGCGUGGACGCAGAUGUGCUGACGCCCAUCCGCAGCCUCGAGUACCUGCUGCUGCACAGCAACCAGCUGCACGCGCGCGGCAUCCACCCUCGGGCCUUCCAGGGCCUUAAGCGGCUGCACACGGUGCACCUGUACAACAACGCGCUGGAGCGUGUGCCCAGCGGCCUGCCCCGCCGCGUGCGCACGCUCAUGAUCCUGCAUAACCAGAUCACCGGCAUCGGCCGCGACGACUUCGCCACCACCUACUUCCUGGAGGAGCUCAACCUCAGCUACAACCGCAUCACCAGCCCGCAGGUGCACCGCGAUGCCUUCCGCAAGCUGCGCCUGCUGCGCUCGCUGGACCUGUCCGGUAACCGGCUGCACACCUUGCCACCCGGGCUGCCGCGCAACGUGCAUGUGCUGAAGGUCAAGCGCAACGAGCUGGCCGCCCUGGCACGCGGGGCGCUGGCCGGCAUGGCCCAGCUGCGUGAGCUCUACCUCACCGGCAACCGGCUGCGCAGCCGGGCCCUGGGCCCCCGGGCCUGGGCGGACCUGGCCCAUCUGCAGCUGCUGGACAUCGCUGGGAAUCAACUCACAGAGAUCCCCGAGGGGCUCCCCGAGUCCCUCGAGUACCUGUACCUGCAGAACAACAAGAUUAGCACCGUGCCCGCCAAUGCCUUCGACUCCACACCCAACCUCAAAGGGAUCUUUCUCAGGUUUAACAAGCUGGCUGUGGGCUCCGUGGUGGAAAGUGCCUUCCGGAGGCUGAAGCACCUGCAGGUCUUGGACAUAGAAGGCAACUUUGAGUUUGCUGACGUUUCCAAGGACCGGGGCCAGUUGGAAGAGGAAGAUGAGGAAGACGAGGAGGACGAGGAUGAAGAGGAUGAGGAGAGGCAAUAGUGACAGGGUGAACCGGAUGUGACAUAGGACAGCGGACCGCCGGACCCCUUUCUGCAGCACGUACCCGUGCCCUGUGAGCCCCGGUCUGCCAUGCUCACAGACGCACCCAGUGCCGCCCCCACCAGCCGCCCGCCGCCACCACACAGGCUGAGCACACAGUCUCCCAUCCCCACCCGUUCCGGCAGCGCCCUCAGCCACACAUGGGCAGGCACCACGACACGUCCACACAUGGGCAGGCACCACGACACGUCCACACACUGCGGGCUGCACGGCGCCCACCGAACAGUUCCGCUCCCCUCCCAGGCCCUCCAUCGCCAUCAUGCCCCUGGACUCAUGCAGACUCGGGGAAGGGUCUGACCCUGCCCUGGCUCCCACGGGUGCCUGCUCCCUUUACCAUGGACCCCCCCCCCCCCCCCCCCAAACAAGUCACAUGCAGACAGCCCUCUGUGGCCCCUGCCACCAACACCUCUUGCCCCAGCCAGAACUGGCCAGAACAGCUUGCCAUCUGCUCAGCCGUCUGUCCAUCCGUCCACUGGAGAAGACAGAGUUAUCUUGGAGCUCUCUGGCCAGGGGCCCGCCACCCUCUGGAACUCACAGAAGCUGACGUUUCUGUUCCCCUCUUUGGGACUGCUGCCCUGGCCCCCAGCCGCUGGGGCGGUCACCCUCUGCCAUGCCCCGGCUGGCCACAGGCACGUCUUUGACAGAAAUCCCACCGAGGCCAGAGGGAAAGUCUCCCGGGGCGGCUGGGGCCUUGGGCAGGAGUGAGGUGGAGGGGCAGGGCUAAGCAAGGAGGAAGGGCCCAGCUGCCCUGAUGACAUACCUUUUUUAUUCUUUGGGCCUGUGGGGGAGUUCUGGGUGCCUUUGGACUUUGAAUUCUUUUUAAGAAAAAAAUGAUAAAAAAAAAAACCCACCUCAAAGCUGAUUUUUCUUGUUACAGAAAAACUAAUAUAAAAGCAUUACCCCUUUCUGGCA